GAUCAGCUGAGCCACCACCGCCACACACAGGCACGCAGCCCACGGCUUCUUCAUAGGGAGGCCGCGGACCCCCCGCCAGGCUCCCCAGGAGGACAGGACUGGGCAGUGGGUCGACGCCACGCCAUCGGUGUGUCGUCUUUGCAGAUUGGUCGUGCUGAGGGCGAGGACCCAUAGGCGGCUCCCAGGAUGGGUGAGAGGAAAGGUGUCAACAAGUACUACCCUCCGGAUUUCAACCCUGAGAAGCAUGGCUCUCUCAACCGCUACCACAACAGCCACCCGCUGCGGGAGCGGGCUCGGAAGCUGUCCCAGGGCAUCCUCAUCAUCAGAUUCGAGAUGCCCUAUAACAUCUGGUGCGACGGCUGCAAGAACCACAUCGGCAUGGGUGUUCGUUACAACGCGGAAAAGAAGAAGGUUGGCAACUACUACACGACCCCCAUCUACAGGUUCCGGAUGAAAUGCCACCUGUGCGUCAACUACAUCGAGAUGCAGACAGACCCCGCCAGCUGCGACUACGUGAUCGUGAGCGGUGCCCAGCGCAAGGAGGAGCGCUGGGACAUGGCGGACAACGAGCAGGUGCUGGCGACAGAGCACGAGAAGAAACAGAAGCUGGAGACGGACGCCAUGUUCCGGCUGGAGCACGGCGAGGCCGACCGCGGCGCGCUCAGGAAGGCCCUGCCCACGCUGAGCCACAUCCAGGAGGCCCAGAGCGCCUGGAAGGACGACUUCGCCCUCAACAGCACGCUGCGCAGGAGGUUCCGGGAGAAGAAGAGAGCCGAGCAGGAGGCGGCGGAGAGGGACCAGGCGCUGCAGACCAAGGCCAGCCUGGCCAUCCCGCUGCUGCCCGAGGCCGACGCGGACCGCAGGCUGGCCGCGCUGCUGACGCUCCACACCCUGGACUCCUGCGAGGACAAGCAGAGGCUGAAGCGCACGGAGAUCAGCAGCCGCUCCUGGUUCCCCGCGGCCCCGGCGCCCGGCGCCGGCAGCAGCAGCAGCAGGGCCGUCAGCGUCCUGAAGAAGCUGGCCCAGACCCGCAGGCCCGCGCCCGCCGGCUCCCCUGUCACCCCGGGGGCCCUGGGCAUCGUGCGGCGGCGCUCCCGGGAGGCCUCAGAGGGCCCCCCGCGCGAGGGCCAGGCCCCCCGAUCUGGGGAGCCAUGGCUGCCCGAGGGGACCGCCCAGGACAGGCCCGCAUCCCCCCGAGACUGCUCUCAGGAGACAGCUGAGACUCCCAAGACCAGCGGGCCUCAGGGGUGUGAUGGGAGCUGGCAGGACAGGCCCCCGGCCCCGCCAGGCUCCCGCCAGGAGGCGGCCAACCCCCGGGACAUGCCGCAGCCCUGCAGCCUCGGCUCCUCCCUGGUGGCCGACUACUCCGACUCGGACAGUGAGUGAGCGAGC